AGGACCGCCAUGAUCGUUGGGUUUCAUCUUUAUAUAAUUAGGAAGAAGGGUCGUUUCAUCAUUUUAAGUUCUUGCUUUACUUCUGUGCCUCACAACUCACUUCCAAUGGCUCUUUGGUGCUGGAACCUGCUUUUUCUUUCUCUUCCUGCGAUCCUCUUCUCAACUCAACCUUGUGCUUAUUCCCAACAAGUUCCGAAGUACAGAUUCAUGCAGAAUGCGACGAGGGCAGCAGAGAUCUCAUACUACGACUACAUCGUGAUUGGCGGAGGCACCGCGGGGUGUCCUUUAGCCGCUACACUGUCUGAACAUUACAGCGUGUUGCUGCUGGAACGCGGUGGGUCCCCCUACGGCAACCCCAACAUCAGCAACUUAGCUUCUUUCGGCGCCGCCCUCUCCGACACCUCCCCCACCUCUCCCUCGCAGCGCUUCAUCUCCCAAGACGGCGUCAUCAACUCAAGAGCCCGCGUCCUCGGCGGCGGAAGCUGCUUGAACGCUGGCUUCUACACUCGCGCCAGCCCUCAAUAUGUCAAGGAAGCCGGCUGGGAUGGAAAGACAGUGAAUGAGUCGUACCAAUGGGUAGAGAAGGUAGUGGCGUUCCAGCCAGAGGUGAAGCAGUGGCAAUCCGCUGUCAGGGAUGGGCUUCUCGAGAUAGGUGUAGUGCCUAGUAAUGGCUUCACUUAUGAUCAUAUUCAUGGGACUAAGGUAGGGGGCACUAUCUUCGACCACAAUGGCAACAGGCACACCGCUGCUGAUCUUCUCCAAUAUGCCAACCCCUCUCGAAUCACUCUGCUUCUGGACGCCACCGUGCACAGGAUCCUCUUUAGAGUCAAACCUGGUUCAAGGCCCAAGGCCCAUGGAGUCGUCUUCAGGGACUCGCUUGGCCGUAGACACAAAGCCUACCUCAACAACCACCCGAGGAACGAGAUCAUUGUUUCGGCGGGUGCUCUCGGAAGCCCACAGCUCCUAAUGUUGAGCGGAGUUGGGCCCGCGGACCACCUCCAGGCCCAUAAAAUCAAAAUAACAUUGGACCAGCCAUGGGUGGGACAGGAAAUGUCGGAUAACCCAAUGAACGCGAUCUUCGUCCCAUCCCCUGUCCCCGUAGAGGUGUCUCUCAUUGAGGUUGUCGGAAUAACAGAUUUCGGCAGUUACAUCGAAGCCGCCAGCGGGGAAAAUUUCGCCGGUGGGUCCCCGCGUGACUACGGGAUGUUCUCCCCCAAGAUAGGGCAACUCUCGACGGUGCCCCCAAAGCAAAGGACCCCAGAGGCCCUCGCUAAGGCCACUGAAUUGAUGAACAAUCUCGACGAAGCAGCCUUCCGAGGCGGAUUCAUCUUGGAGAAAAUCAUGGGGCCCAUUUCAAGAGGACACUUGGAGCUCCGAAGCCGCGACCCGAACGACAACCCGUUAGUGACGUUCAACUACUUCCAGGACCCGCGAGACUUGGAGCGAUGCGUGAAGGGCCUGACCACCGUGGAGAAGAUAAUCGAAUCGAAGGCGUUCUCUAAGUUCAGAUACCAAAACAUGCCACUCCCCAUGCUUCUCAACAUGACCGCCAGUUCACCCGUUAACUUGUUACCCAAACACACCAAUUCCUCCUUGUCUUUGGAACAGUUCUGCAGAGACACUGUGAUGACCAUUUGGCAUUACCACGGAGGCUGCCAAGUUGGGAAGGUUCUCGAUGCCGACUACAAGGUUCUCGGUGCGGACGCUCUGCGUGUGAUUGAUGGCUCCACCUUUAACUAUUCCCCUGGGACUAAUCCUCAGGCCACUGUUAUGAUGCUUGGCAGGUAUAUGGGAGUCAAGAUAUUGAGUCAGAGACUUCGCGCGGAGCAAAUACAGCAAUAAGUUGUAUAGUUUUUCUCCGUUUUUAGGUUUUCAUCAAAUGUUGUGUUUGUCUCGCUGAUAGAAAAUUAAUUCUUGUCAGAAUAUGAUUUAUCAAGUGUUAGACAUGGUUCCUGUAAUUCAUGAAUUGUAACAAAAAGGGAAAAAAAAUUUACUUGUUCUGAAAUUCUGAUUACGACCGUGGAUGAGCUACUUUUUAAGGAUGAUUUAGAAAUAAUGUUUUAAGUAUUUUGUGGUUUUUUAAAUUAAAACUUGAGUUUUAUUUCAA